GAAAUCAGGAAUGAGUAGAGUAAAAAAAACCAAACAAACAAAAAAAAACCCACCACACCAACAUAUAAUUCCUGUUGGGGGAAAGAACUUGGUAUAAAUACCUUGAAAAAGGUGGCUUUUGGAGCUUUCACUUGUUUACCUGUGUGAGCUUGCUAAUUAAUGAUCUUCUCAAUUCAUCGUGCACAUUGGUCAGGAAGAAGCUCCUGAAUUGCUCUUUAUUUUUUCAGAAUGUAUUUUCCUGCGUUUUUUUCCCUUUCAGCCAAAGUAACAUGUAAAUCUCUUGGCAGCGUUUAGUUACAAGUGACCUGGGGUCCUCAGAGGAUUUAAACUUCUGUGAGAGGGAAUAAAAGUGUUACAUUGAUGGACUAUAAUGGGAAGUGUGGGUAGAUUUCUUACAGACUGCAAUGAAAUAAUGGCUUUUAUCGUGUAUAGUUUUGUCUGUAGAAUAAUAAAUGAUAGCUGAAUAAGUAGUAGUUGGGAGGAGGUUUAUACAGUUGUUUUAAAUUUAAUCUAUCUAGACAAGGAGGAGAUGGCCUAUAAAGAGUUCAAGCCCUGGUAUGUAACACUUGCAGCCUAAAUUUUCAUUCAGGUGUCAGCAGUUUGUCAAAAUUCAUGAAGUUGGAUCCUGAAUUAAGAUAUUUUAUCCAAGGCUAUGAAAACUUUCAGCAGGGGAUUUUCAUAUUGGAGUUGUUUUAACUUUGUGACCUGAGCUUGUUUUAAACUUAAAGCUGAACCCUGUGCAAUGGGGUUGAUUUCAUCCCUCAGUGGCCAUGUGGCACAGACAGAGUGUGGAGAAUUUGGAUCAAGGGCCAUUCCAGCCAAAAACUGUUCAAAACUUGUAACUGUUCCUCAGAGCUUGUCCCAUCAUGAUCCUGAGCAUCAGUGUGGAGAUUGAUUAUUUUCAGACACCUGUGCAGGCAGAAAUUCUGCUUCAUAUGAAUCCCUUGGCUGAAGUUUGUGUCAGUUUUAGGUAUGAUGAUGCUGUAAUUUAAGCUGCUCGCUGACUGUGGCUGUUUGGGGACAUGAGGAAAAACCCCUGGGUGCAGGAAUGGAAAAUAAUCCAGGCAACGGAAACAAUCUGUUCUUACUGCCUUCUGUGCAGGUCAGAGAUUGCUGGGGAGAGGAUCAGAAACCUGUCGUGGUUUUCUGUUGAGCUGGUGUUGUGUGGAGAGCAGGGAAGGUGAGCUAUGGCUGGUUACUUCUGUUUUAAUGGGCAGAUGUGGGGAUUGAGCUGGCUUGGGGUUGCUGGUGUUGCACCCUAACAGAGACAAGUGCUGAGCUCAGCCCUGGGUGGGAGCAUCAGUCUCACUUUAGUAAUAUACCAAUUUUAUUUUUUCUUUGUCUUCACUGAAAGCAGCAUCUGUGUGCACAGAAGGGCAGGGUUUAAUUUUUGCUGUGCUCUGUAAAAAUUGGGACAGGCAAGGUGUAGGUUGGGUCACAUUCGUGGCAUUCAGAGUCAGAAGCUCAAAUUCAACACUGAACAAAAAUGUUUUCAAAUGGAAAUAUAUCUUUAGGCUUAAAAAAACCCUCCUUUGGGUCUGUGAGUGUAGGAAUUCCUGUGGUUGGGUGCCAGAAGUGUGGAGGAUUUUUGCUGUGCUCCCCUGAACCACCUGGGGUUUGUUGUUCCCCAUACCCCAUGCAGGAAGGAGGGGUGGAAAUGGGAUCUGUAACAGGCUGAGCGAUGGCUGCCUGGCGAGAGGAGAGCUCUGGGCUGUGUGCUGGCCCACUGCUCCUGGUUAAUGGAAACAAGCUGCUCUGUGCAGGGCUCAGGGAGCCUGAACAGCCCUGGGAGCCUCCAUGCAGGAGAGCUGCAUGUGCAGACCUUGGAGCUGAACCAGGGGACGUUCCAGGGAGCUGGGACACCUCCUGGGGAAUGGUGGCACUAAGGACUGGGACAAAACUUGUUGGAUGCAGCAGGAGUGGUGGGAAUCAGCUGUGCCCAGCACAUGCGAGGGAGUUUCCAAGUGGGUUGACAAAUGAGGAUCAGAAGUUGGAUCUAAUUUUUUUUCUUUUUAAUUCAACAACAUAUUUUAUUAAUCUGCAGGACUUUAGGCUGGUUUAAAUGACUAAGUUCUCCUGACUUGGCCAGGACCACAGGCAGCUCCAUGAGCUGGAAAAGCCAAAGGCAGAGUGCUGGAACAGUUGGCAGGCAGGGCAGCCGCAGCUGGGAGCUCCUGACAGACACAUUUGUAUCUGAGAUGUUGCUGGAUGAUGUACUGUGACUAUGUAGAUAUGAGGGUUUGACAAAGUAUCUGCUGCUACCUGGGCUGGGCUUUUAGGGAGCAGCUUGGAGGAUUUCAGGGGGACAAAGCUUUAAAGAGUUGUGCAGCUUGCAGUUUAGAAGGUGAUGCGUUUUGGCAUGUUUGAUUUGGAUUUGCAGAAGUAUUAACAUUUCCUGUGGCUUUUUUCUGCAAUUCCAAGUCAUUUAAGUACUCUUGCAUAUUACAGAGUAGUAAAUAACUGUUAGUAAUUCAUUGCCUGAUUUUGAAACCCAGUUUUACUUUGCUUUCUAAGGCUUUCUGAUAACAAACAGCUGUUCUUGCUUACAUCACUUGUCAGGUUGUUGCAUUCGUACCCUUGACGCCCUGCCUUCUAACCUGCAAGUGCAUAAAACCUUUUUUUAGCCCUUUUUGACCUCGUUUCCAGGCCGGUGGUGUGUGUGCUUUGUACCCAGUCACAUCUAAGUACAUCAGUCACCCACAGGUGUCGUGUGACAGUAAGGGGACACCCCACUGGCCCAGGAUUGGACACACUUCCUUGUUUUUCCAUUGCAUAUUUGUUUUCAGCCUUCUCACCCUAUCCUAAGUCUCUGUCAGCUGGAGCUUCUGUCAGCCAGACACUUGGAUUGCCACAUUCAAAACUUAAUUGAUCCUGAAGCAUUUUCUCUCAAAGUAGAUUGAAUGCUGAGAUAAGUUGAAAAAUCUUACAGCCAGCAGAAAUUCAAGAACUCAGACUUUUUUUUAAUUCUUGUGUCUCUUACAUUAGUGGAGGGACUCCAUGCUUUGAAAAUAUUAUCAAAUAUGUGUCUCACCUGAAGCCUCCCUUUAUUUAUUCCUAAUCAUGUGGUAGUUCAGGAGGAAAUUGCUAUAAGUGGUUCAGAGUAGUUCCUGAAAAACUCUCUGUACCUUUGGAUUUUCCAUUAGCAGGUACUUCCUGAGCUGUGAGAGUGGACACAUUCCUACUCAUCUAGAAAUCCAGGAGUUGAGGGGGGCUUGUUGCUUAUUAGCUCCUAGCUGGAUUACCUGCUUUGGAAUAACCAGUUCAUGAUAGUCUAGGAGCCUGUGAACCUGCAAUUUUCCUGUAGAAAAAGAGGUGUAACUCUGUGAGGAGUGACUUUCUGUACUUUGGUGAAGGUUAGUAUCCUGGUGGUGUUUUCACUGCUGAUGUGAUUAUAAUUUUUUGACAGUUGAUCAUAUUUAAAUGUUCAUUAAAAUCACUUUGCAAACUGCAUCCUCAGCUGGUGACCUCUACUCCCUUUCAAAUCACAAUGUUUGUUUGGUGUUUGUGUAAAUGCAGAACACACUUGUUACUUCCAUUUUUUUUAUUGAGUGAUGGUUGUAAUUGUAGCUGUGAUUCCUGUUUAAAGCUGUCUUUUGAAAUAGUGUGUCCAGGUAACAGCUGAUUUGGGUGACUUGAUUUCCCCUUUACACACAUCUGGUUUAUUUGGAGGGGGAAAUGAGGUUUUCUGUAUUGUCGUUGCAAAACUUUCUCUUUCUCUGCUUUAUCUUUUUGAUGAACUGAAUUCAGGCCUGUUUGUGGUUGACACUUCACGCUCAGUGCAGAAAACCACUUUUGAUGCCCCUGUGGGAAGCAAUGCACAGUCCCUGUGAGGAUGCUCUCACAAGGUGCAGCUUCUGACCUUGGCCCUGGAGAUCAGUGCCUUGCAGUUGGGAGGGCAGUGCCCUCCUGCCCCUUUGAUUCCCUGGGACAUGAUCCGUGCCUGGGAAUGCUGAGGGAUCAACAAGCCUGAAUUUCUGCUGGAUCCUGGCUUGUUUGUGUGUAUUGUAGGCACAGAAGUGAGGAAUUGUGCUAAGUUGUACUCUUGAGAGCAAAAAGUCUCCAGUGCUUUAUACACUCAUCUAAACAAAAGGGUUUUCAGAACUUGAGGAAUUUUAGCUCAAAGUUGGGAGUACUGUUUUCGUGCAUGUGUCAUGCAGGUCAAACAGCUUAAAAAUAAUUAAACCCCAGGACCAUGCAAGCCACAGUGUGGCUUGUGUGUGUUUUUUAAUCCCAGGGAGUGAGUCUUUUGUAGCCCCCAACUGAUUUCCCUGAGGGGGAAUCUGUAGUUGGUUAUUUUAGGACUCACUUCAAAUUUCUGGCAUUUCCUUAAAGGGCUUUAGGCUCUGCUUGCUAGAAGAAACACUGAAUAUUGAGUUGAAGCCUGGUGAAAAUUUUCAUUUCUUUUUCCUUUCACUUUCCACACUUGAGGAAGAAAGGUUCCUCAGAACAGGCCAAUUUUUUUUAAGUGCUGUGCUAAAUUCUGUAUCUUCUAGCUGCAAUUAGUAUAUUUUCACAUCCUGACAUUUCACAAGAAAGCUUCACGCAUCUCAUUUUUUUGUUUUGUUGGCAUGUGCUGUGUUUUGAUCUUUCUGCUUUGCCUCAGAAGAAAACAUCCAGUGCCGUUGGGCUUUGCUUUCCUUGGUGCUGAGGCAGGACCAGCUCCCCGUGGGUUUUCAGAGUGGCUGUUCAGUUCCUGUCAGAGGUGCCUCUGACUGAUUAGGAUCCACUGCUGAGCAAUGACAGCACUGUGUUUUUGGGCCAGAAGUGGUGUUGGUGUGGUACAGAGCUGUGCAAUGGGGAGAGCAGUGCUGGAACUGUGCUGAAAGUCAGCUUGAAAGCAGGGCUGGGGCUGCUGCUGGGUCUGUUCAAGAGGAAAACACCCAGGCUGGAGAAAUACCUAUUGAAAGAGAAAGUUUAUGGUUGACUCCUCACUGCACUGUGAAAACCAUUAGGAAAAAGUCCUUGGGGUUAAAACCUGGGGCUCCACAGUUACCUGCACUUGGGUCUAGAAAUUAAUUUAAAUGUCGACUGAUCUGUCUGAAGCUGAACCCGUGCAUCAUAAGGCGCUUCCACUCUUAACGGGAGCUCAGCUGAUCCACACGGACAAGUUAAGUGAGAAAGUGGAAGACGACACGAUGCCAAUCCGCCGCUCGGUGAACGCUUCUUCCCGAGAAACCCCUCCCAAAAGCAAACCUGCAGAAGGGGAAGAGGUCAAAGCAGAUGCAGAAGCCACCUCUGAGGAAUCUGCCUCUGUUGGAGAGGAGCAAGAGACUGAAACCCUGCCUGCUGCACCCAGUGAAGCAGAACAGCCAAAGGAACCUGAGAAUGAAGGGAAGGAGGAAACAAAGUCCUCAGAAGAAACCAAAAAGGAAGAGAAGGACCAGACCAAGGAGAAGGAGAAGAAGGUGAAGAAGACCAUCCCUGCGUGGGCCACGCUCUCUGCCAGCCAGCUGGCUCGGGCACAGAAGCAGACUCAGAUGGCAGCCACCUCCCGGCCCAAAAUGGAUGCCAUUUUAACCGAGGCCAUCAAGGCCUGCUUUCAGAAGAGCGGUGCCUCGGUCGUUGCAAUACGGAAAUACAUCAUCCACAAAUACCCUUCCCUGGAGCUGGAGAGGAGGGGAUACCUCCUGAAGCAAGCACUGAAAAGGGAGCUGGAGAGGGGAAUCAUUAGGCAGGUGAAAGGAAAGGGAGCUUCUGGCAGCUUUGUGGUGGUGUCUAAUGCAGGAAAAACUGUUCCAAAAUCCAGAGACAGAAAGAAAAGCACUUCAGCCCUGAGCACAGAGCAGCAGGUGAAGCUGGAGGAUGUCCUGCCACUGGCCUUCACCCGCCUGUGUGAGCCCAAGGAAGCUUCUUACAGCCUGAUCAAGAAAUACGUGUCUCAGUACUACCCCAAACUCAAAGUAGAUAUAAGACCCCAGCUGCUGAAGAACGCCCUGCAGAGAGCUGUAGAGAAGGGCCAGUUAGAGCAGAUCACAGGGAAGGGAGCAUCUGGGACAUUCCAGCUGAAGAAAUCAGGGGAGAAGCCCCUGCUGGGUGGGACUCUGAUGGAAGAUGCCAUCCUGUCUGCUAUUGCGGCCAUGAACGAACCGAAGACCUGCUCCACCACAGCGCUGAAGAAGUAUAUCCUGGAAAAUUACCCAGGGACCAACUCCAACUUGCAGGUGCAUCUACUGAAGAGAACCCUGCAGAAAUGUGAGAAGAAUGGCUGGAUGGAGCAAAUUUCUGGGAAAGGCUUCAGUGGAACCUUUCAACUUUGCUUCCCUUAUUAUCCCAGCCCAGAUGUGCUCUAUCCAGAGAAGCAGCAGGAUGAGGAUUCUGAGGAAUCUGAUGAGGAAGAAGAGGAAGAAUCUGAGGAGGAAGAAGAAUCUGAAGAGGAAGAGUCUGAGGAGGAAGAGCCACCACCAAAGAAGAGGAUGCAGAAGAGACCACCCCCCAAGUCCCGGAGCAGGGCCCCUCCGAUGAAGCGAAGAGAGUCCAAACCCAAGCCAAGGAAAACCCCCACCGCCCGCCGGGGCAAAGCAAAGCCCCCUCCCAAGGUCAAAACCCCUGCUAAGAAAGCCAAACCAGCAGCCCCAGCCAUCAAGAAAGCCUCCAGUGGCAGCUCUUCCAAGAAACCAGCAGCCAGUGGGAGGAAGGAAGUGAAACCCUCUGCCAAGGGCAAAUCCACCAUGAGGAAAUCUCUCCGGGCAAAAAAGUAAAAUGUUUCUGAUGUCAGGGAAUCCCAUGGUCAAAUCCACAAUCUUGUUUUAUAAGUCAACGUGCAUUUGUAUUUUAGUUAUGAUGCUUAAACACUUCUUUAAUUUUUUUAAAUUUUUUUCUUGAACGAUGGGGAAAAGCUGAAAACUAAAUCAAACCAACCCGAGCAUUCAUUAGAUCUCGAUGCUGUGCCUCGGGCCUGCCCCUCCCCUGGAACGAGUCAUCUUUACUUUCUGCAAUAAUUUUAGGACUUUUCUAGGACGUCUCUAAUCUGUACAUUUAUGGUAUUCCACGUGGGUUUUGGGGGGGAGGGUUGGCUUUUAAAACAAUUCUUCAGAGAAGAUCUUUAUACCUUUAGACAGCAGGAACAGGAUGAUCAGGGGAAUGUGAUUCUUUACUGAGAAGGUGCCGUGGCAGAGGAGUCCUCCCCAGAUCCCUGCAUGCUGAGGUCCUUGGUGCUCCCGUGAGGGAGCUGUGUACAGACAGCACUUGCACUGAGCCCCGAGGUGCUGCUCUCCUCACCACAGGCCCAGGGCUGGCUGCUGAGUCGGAUCCUUGGUGUCCCUGAGGGUCUGGUGCCAGAGGGGCUCCCAAAGGGGCAGCUCUCGGUUAGGCGGGUGAUUUGAAUUAGUGUUUCCACACCACAUCUGUUACCUUAAAACCAAAAUAUAUCAAAGUCUUCUUGAAUCCAACUUUCAAAUGUUUUUAAGAGAUAAAAAGCCUGAGUUUGUCACCUCUUGUUUACCCUUUUUUAAAGAGAAGUUGGAGAGCUAUACAAUUGCUAAUGUAGAGAUGUUGAUAAGUGAAGAACAUGCGGUUUGCUAAAAUAAAAUGAAACUAGAUUCCA